UCGCGAAAACUUUUAUUGUUUUUUUCCACUUUGUUACGAAUGCGUGCACGGGCCUAAUGUCAGCAUGAAUUUUCCAUGGAUAAUCGUUGUUACGUGUGUGUUGUGCAGUUAUGUGGAGGGUAGUUAUGACAGUUCGGACAAGAUGCCAUUUCCCAACUUACCAAAUGCCGCACCACGUUCAGAAAACACCAUUUGUCGAGAGGAGAGCCAAUUGUACAUCGAACACUUGAAUAAUAUGACUUUGUGGGCACAUAAAAUGUGGGAUGCCACAGCAAAAUCCUCCGUCGGCGCCCUGCAGGGGGCCAACUUCCAGUUUGGUAAUUUUGAUGAAUGCAUGAGCGUAUCGGGCCCUUUUCGCACGCAACAUUGUUUCGUCCGCAUUGAAGCCAAUGUGCCUAGCGUGCAUAAUCGCAGUGACCCGUUUGGGAUCAACUUUAAUCCAAACGAUCACGUUUUAAAGCGUUUAUACAAUACCGGCGAUAUCUCACAGCAAGCAAGAAACAUCAUCAACAUUGGAUGGUGCGUGCCAGCAUCUUGCACCGCCAUGGACCUGGAGCGGGCUUUAAAUCAGUACCUUACUAAAACCGUGCAUCCCUUCAACGCGUACAAUGUCUCGUACGUGGCUAAGAUUGAACAGAAGCAUUGUCAGCGGGAAAAGGAAAUCAAUGUCCUUGACGGAGUUGACAUCAGUUUUGGCAUUCUCGUUGGCGUGCUGGUGCUGCUUGUAAUUAGCGGUUCUAUUUAUGAAGUUAGAUCAUCACAGCGCGAGAAUAAAUCGAGUUCGCUUCUGGGGCGCAUCCUGUGCGCAUUCUCGGCACGAAGGAGUUACGAGGAUGUACAACGAGCGGACGAAUCAAACGGCGCUUUAAAGGUCCUCUAUGGUAUUAGGACUUUUGCAAUUGUGAUGAUAGUUACCGAUCAUCGAUUCGGCACCUACAUUUCGGGACCCAUUUCCAACUUUGAUUACAUUGAACAGGAAUAUAGGUCUUUAUCGUCAUGGUACCUCUUUCAUGGCGAUUUGUUCGUAGACACAUUUUUUAUUCUGAGUGGAAUCCUGGUCACAUAUGGAUUGCUCAAACAAUACAAUAAAAAAGUUAUCCAGCCGGGCCUCAUAAUUGUGCUGCGCUACAUGAGAUUAACUCCAGUUUACGCAUUCGUCGUAUUUUUUUGGUCCAGCAUCUUCCGGCACAUCGGGUCGGGGCCAUUUUGGAAUUUUGUUGUACCGAAAGAGGUGCAAGAUUGUCGAAAAUACUGGUGGUCUAAUUUGUUAUAUAUCAGCAACUAUGUUGGGGGACCGGAUAUGUGCAUGAUUCACUCCUGGUAUCUGCCUUGCGACUUCCAUUACUUUAUUAUAGCGAUUUUUGUCGUCAGAGUGCUUCACAACAACAAAAAACUUGGCCAGAUUCUUCUGGGUCUACUCUAUUUCAUUUCUGUGUUGGUACCAUUUGUAAUAACAAUAGUAUAUCGAAGACCAGGCGUGCUCCACUUUUAUCCAGCAGUGUUUCUGGUCGACCCUAAAAGCAACCUCGACUUCCACCUCACCUACAUCAAGACGCACACGCGAGCCUCCACAUACAUUCUUGGCAUGUUCGGUGGGUACGCAUUCUAUAAACUGAAAGAUAAGGACUUCAAAAUGUCGGCGGUGCAGUCACACUUGCUCACACUGCUUUCACUGGUAUGCCUUUUCUUCGGCAUGGCAAGCGGCGCGGUGUUUUACAACCCCUACCACGAAUACAAUGUGAUUGAAGCGGCGUUCUAUACCUCACUGCAUAGAAGUGUCUGGGCUUGUGGAACCAUUGGAAUAAUCUUUGUCGCCUCAUAUGGGCACGCCACAUGGAUAUACAAAACUCUCGCAUGGUCGCCCUGCAUUGUCCUGGGAAAUCUAGUUUAUGGCGUUUAUUUGGUUCACAUGUUAUUUCAAUUGCGAGCGGUUGGAAUGGCGUCAAGUCCAAGAACUUUUAGUUACUUCACGACGUUUUCCUACGCAGUCAGCGACGUAGUGCUGUCCUUCAUCCUGAGUUUUCUCAUUUUCGUAGCUAUUGAGAAUCCGUUCAGGAAGAUUAUUAAAGUGCUGCUCUUUCCAGUGCGUGACAACAAAACGCACUCAACCAAAGACUCGAUUGAAGUUCCUGAACAUUUCGGUAGUGUGCGCACGAGUCGUUUGUGAAUAUACGCAAAAAAGUGUGAGCCAGUUCUCAGCUGGACACUAACAAAGACUGACAAUUGCGAAAUAAUUCUUUUCAAGGCCGUAACGUAAAAAUAAAAGGAUUUUUUAAGGUA